UCCUUCAACUUGGACCACUUACACUGAGCCGCACUUUUUACAACACUGCAUUUGGGCAACGCCACAACUUGCGCAGCAGUUCCUGUUCCACCACCGGUCGGCUCGUUUAGUCUCCCGAAAAAGGCAAAGAAGAAGAAGAAGACAAGAAGAGAAGAAGAAGAAGAAGAAGAAGAAGAAGAAGAAGAAGAGGAGUGCGGGCAAAGAAAGGACUUCUUGCAUCCAUCCACAGCGUCCGUCUCUGCCGCCAGCAAUGGAGAGGGAGGUCAUAUUUUGUCCAAAGUGGCUCAGCGCGCUUUGGUUUUUGAUUUUGAUCAUGCUCUGUGUCUCUCACGCCGCCAAAGCUGAGAUAACUUGCCGGUCAUGCCAGCCUGGAAAUAAGUGGCGUGCACGGGAAUUACUGCUGAAAUUCGACACAAGUGAAUCCGCAACAGGAUUAAAGGGAGAAGUUUUUGGACACGGAGAAGAGGCAGGGAGAACCAGGGCGGCUGCAAGUGCCGAAAGUCGUCGGCUCCUCCGUUGCGCAGCGGGGUCCGCUGAAUGCGCACCAGAGCGGGCGGGAUACGCGGAGCCAAGGCUGAAACGGAAUACAGACAACCUGCAGCCACAGGGCGAGAUUGGUGAGGGAGAGUUUGCAGAGAUGAAAGUUUUGAAAACGAGUGGUGGAAAGAAGAGCGGCGACGGUGCAGGUUUUACCAGAAGGUACAGAAAGCGCGCCAGACGGAACAGUGAUGAUGAUGAUGAUAAAGUCAGAUCCCCCGGUUCAGCCCGGGGUCCAAAACCGGGAGAGGGCAUGAGCUCGGCAGCUGGACGCAGAGUGACGCGCUCUGAAUUACGCUGGAGCGGAGAGGAGCGGAGAGCCGGUCCGAGACAAGAGGAGCUAAAACUUAAUAGUUCAACGUUCGCCUUAACGGGGGAUUCAUCCCAUAACCAGGCUAUGGUGCACUGGUCCGGCCAGAACAGCAGUGUGAUUUUGAUGCUGACCAAACUAUUCGACUUCAACCUCAACAGUGUGACCGAGAGUUCAUUAUGGAGGUCAACUGACUACGGAGCAACGUACCAGAAGCUGAAUGACAAAGUAGGAGCAAAGACGAUCCUCAGUUAUUUGUACGUGAGCCCCAACAACAAGAGAAAGAUCAUGCUGCUGACUGACCCAGAGGUGGAGAGCAGUCUGCUGAUCAGCUCUGAUGAAGGAGCCACCUACCAGAAGUACCGGCUGAACUUCUACAUCCUAAGCCUUCUCUUCCACCCCGAGCAGGAGGACUGGAUUCUGGCCUACAGCCACGACCAAAAGCUCUACAGCUCGGUGGAGUUUGGGAGGAGGUGGCAACUGGUACACGAGAGAGUGGCUCCCAAUCGUUUCUACUGGUCGAAAAUGGGUUUGGACAAAGAGCCGGGCUUAAUUCACCUGGAAACCAGCAUCUCUGAAGGACAGGCCCUGUAUGUCACCUGCAAGCUGCAGAACUGCACAGAUUCCAACAAGGGCAAACCAUUCCCGGGCUACAUUGACCCCAAUUCUCUGGUGGUGCAAGAUGAGUAUGUGUUUGUCCAGGUGUCAACCGCGGGGAGGCCAAUCUACUACGUGUCUGCUAAAAGAGAUGUCUUCACACCCAUGAAGCUGCCUAAGUACACCCUGCCCAAGGACCUGCAUGUGAUCAGUACAGAUGAAAACCGUGUGGUUGCAGCCGUGCAGGAGUGGAACCAGAAUGAAACCUACAACCUGUAUGUGUCGGACACGUCGGGGGUCUAUUACACUCUGGCAUUGGAGAACGUGGUCAGCAGCAUGGGCCCCGAGGGCAACGUCAUGGUCGACCUCUACGAGGUAGCGGGAAUAAAGGGAAUGUUCCUCGCCAACAAAAAGACGGAUAAUCAAGUGAAGACUCACAUCACCUACAACAGAGGCAGAGACUGGAGGUUACUGCAGGCCCCGAGCAAAGACCUAAGGGCUGGCAACAUUCACUGCGUGCUGCCAUACUGUUCAUUACAUCUCCACCUUCAUGUGUCUGCAAACCCCUACACGUCUGGAAAUAUAGCCAGCAGGGAUUCAGCGCCAGGGAUCAUCGUCGCAUCAGGCUCCAUUGGUGCAGAGCUGACCACCAGCAACGUCAGUGUGUUUAUCACCUCGGACGCAGGAAACACAUGGAGACAGAUCUUUGACGAGGAGUAUGCGGUGCUGUAUCUCGACCAAGGAGGAGCCUUAGUCGCAAUAAGACACACUCCGCUUCCGAUCCGACACCUGUGGUUGAGCUUCGACGAAGGACGCCAGUGGAACAAGUACAGCUUCACCAACACACCUCUGUUCGUGGACGGGGUGCUGGGCGAACCCGGGGAGGAGACUCUCAUCAUGACGAUAUUCGGCCACGUCAGUCAUCGCUCGGAGUGGCAGCUGGUGAAAAUAGACUUCAGGUCCAUCUUCAACAGGAGGUGCACAGAGGCGGAUUAUCAGACGUGGCAUCUCCACAACCAGGGCGAGCCAUGCCUCAUGGGAGUGAAGCGAAUCUACCGGAAGCUGAAACCCACGUCCAGGUGCGUUAUGGGGAAGACGUACUCAGUUUCGAUGACAUCGGGACCCUGCGACUGUACGGAGGCCGACUUUGAGUGUGAUUAUGGCUAUGAGAGACGGACCAACGGCAAGUGCACCACCGCCUUUUGGUUCCAUCCAUCAUCGAUGUCCAGAAGUUGCACCACGGGGAUGACGUUCCUUAACAGCACUGGCUACAGAAAAGUGGUCUCUAAUAACUGUACAGCUGGGGUCAGCGUGGAGUACACAGCCAGGAGGCAGCAGUGUCCCAUCCAAGCACCCAGAGGUCUCCACCUGGUCACCAGCGAGGGCACGCUGACAGCCACACUGGGCACCAAUGUCACCUUCCUUGUUUUUCUGGAGGAGGGCGACGGGGCGAGGACAAGCAUCACGCUGGACUUUGGAGACGGCCACGCUCUGACCUACUCCAAUGUGAGCUCCAUCGAGGAGGGGAUCAAACACAUCUACAAAGCCGUGGGGAUCUACCGGGUGACCGCCAUUGGGGAGAACAGUCUCGGCUCGGAGACCGUCGUGCUCUACCUGCAUGUAACAUGUCAGCUGGAGUAUAUCCAUCUCUCAGCUCCCUUUGUGGCGGUGAGGAAUAAGGAAGUGAACUUGACUGCUGUUCUGUGGCCCAGCCAAGUGGGAACGGUCACCUACAUCUGGUGGAUCGGAAAUAACACUGAGCCAGUAAUCACCCUGGAGGGAAGCGUGGCAUGCACGUUCUCCCGGGAAGGCAUCAGUACAGUCACUGUGCAGGUGUCUGCAGGGAAUACCAUUCUGCAGGACAGAAAAAACAUCGCUGUCCACGAAUAUUUCCGAUCUCAUCUGCUCGCUUUUUCAUCAAACCUGGAUGACCACAACCCUGAUGUGGCAGAAUGGAGGCUGGAUGUGAGCCGAGUCAUCAAGAACUCUCUGAUCCAGGCCACAGGCGUGAGAGAGGAUCAGCUCCUGGUCACCGUCCUCCCUGGUUUACCCACGGCGGCAGAGUUUUUCCUUCUGCCCGACAAACAGUUAACCGAGGGGAAACCAGAGAAGAGCUCUGCUCAUUUAGAUCAACUCUCUGAGGUCUUACUCAGCACCUUAAAUCAAAACCUCGUCCAGUUCACGUUGCGGCCAGGGGUCCAAGUCACCGUGUAUGCAGCUCACCUAUCAGCAGCGCCCCUAGUGGACACCAGCGAGAACCACAGUGGCUCUGCCAUGCUAAUGCUGCUAUCAGUAGUGGUUGUGGGUUUAGCUGUAUUUGUCAUCUACAAAUUCAAGAGGAAGAUCCCAGGCCUCAACGUCUAUGCGCAGAUGCAGAACGAAAAAGAACAAGAAAUGAUGAGUCCAGCUAAUCCAACAGAGGCCACGCCCAGCUCACAGCGGGACUUGGUGCAUUCUUUGGAGAUUCUGGACACCGAGUUUAACUCACGGCCCAUCGGAUGUAUGAAACCUCAUGUACAUGUGAAAUUCUCCACAGAACUCCCCACGUACAUCGUCUAAAACUCUGGACUGGAUUACUGCUCCAGAUGCACCAUGGACAUUUUUUUACCAUUUGGGACACAAUGGUUUUGAGCUUUAUACCUGUGCAUGUUGGACCCUGCUGACACAUACUGUGCUCCGUUCAAACCAGAAGAAACUGUGUACAGGUUUUUAAUUUUUUCUUUUAACAUAAUGUCCGAUAAAUUAAACAUUUUAAAAAUUCCAUUUAUUUAUAUAAGUCAGAUACAUAAUUGAGAGGGAAUGCCAGCAUGAACUAGAGAGGGGGGAAAAAAUUAAAAUAAGCAACAAUGUUUUGGUUUUGCUUAAAUAUCUGAGAUUGGUUUGCUGUUCUGUGAAGCUAACAGCAGUAGAGUGUUAUUUAUUCAUAUGAAUAUACUUUUAUGAAGUAUUAUUGAAGUGAAUUACACAUUUAUUUUGUAAAUCAUGAAUGUCUAUGUUAUAAAUUUGUGUAUUUUAAUAACAAAUGUCAUACUAAACAGAAAUGCUGUUAUAAAAUAUGAAUAGGGUACUUAAAAGCUUUUGGUCCAUUGUCUCUUGGAAAGCUGAUUUAUGGCACAAUACACAUUUUCUACUGAACUUUCUUUUUUUCUGAUUUUUAUUUAUUAACAGAAAUACAGGGUUUGGUUUUCUGGAUUAAUUUAACCUUUGCUGUUAAUCUAACGCUUCUGGUACUAUUUAUGAUACAUACCAGUUUGUAAAAUGUUUUGUGCUUCAGAAUAGGAACACUCGAUGGCUAAGGUGCUAACACUGCGCCGCUUGACUGCAAGUGAUCCCCAAAUAUCACCAGACAUUUCACCGUCUAGGAGUAGAAGAAGAAACAGGAGGACUAUCCCACAGAGGAAAAAGUAUUCCAAAGUCAUUCUCAGUCAUACCCUGAUCACAGCCAACAUCCCUACUAGAGGCAGAGUACAAUUUAUCAAGGCUCAGAUUUAAGGGGGCAGUCGGAAUGAGAUACAACUACUUUGUGGGGGAAUCCAAAGAGCAUGGCAGCGAGAAAGAGAGAGACGGAGAGAUGGUAGAGUGCUUUUUGGGGUUGUAACGCAUUAAAGAAUAUUCUACUGGACAGAAUAAGAAGAGGUUGAUUUGUUGAAUAAUUAAUGUGGCCAGUCAAGCUCAAGGCUGGCGACACAUUUAGGCUAAUUCACUCUCGAGUAGCACCCCGUCUUCAUUGGCGCUGUAAGAGCAGGAGAACUAGAGCGCAGAUGCUAGUAGGCUACAUGGAUGGUUAGCUUGUUCAGAGGACUGUCGAGCCCCUUGGUACUUGGUGGUGUGUGUGAAAUCUGACGUAAAUGUCUGAUUGAUGCCUUUCAAAUCUUUUCCGGAUUUGUUUUGCUUCUUUUUACUUUGUGGAGAUGUGGAAAUACAGAGGACGAGUGGUUUUGUUGGAUUGGGUGAUCUUUUCUACAGUUGUUCAGCUGUGGUUGUGCAGACAUUGUCACAGUAGAUAACGCUUGCAGCACAAUCACUCAAUAAUGUUAUAAUGGACCGUAUAAGAGGAAGGAUUGCAACACACACCUGCUGCCUUGCGCGGUGUUGCCUCAUUUCUGCUGAACGCUAAGACAAGUUUUCAUUUUUCAUGCAAGCGCUUCGCUUCGAAAAACCAUUGCAGGACACCAGGAGAGGAGAGUUCACCCAGUAAUGAAAAAAUAUGAAGGGGUCAAAAGUUGAAAACUCGCUAGCUCAAUUUCUUUUACCCACUGUGGGAAAACAUCAAGUAAAAACAUCACCAACACCACCAACAAACUGUAGUAUUAUCAACAAAUAUGAAGUGACGCUUUUGACACAAAGUCAGGUAAAUUAUUGAAGUGGUAGGUUGCUUUAGAAGGCUGGAUUAACAACAGAGGCCACAGAACCUCGGCGGACCUGAAGAUGACGAAUUCACUGUGCAUAAUUUUAAUAAUUUAAAAUAUGUUUGUUGUAUGUACCAAUAAAAUGUGAAUCAAAAUAUCCAUACAUGAAUCCAAAUAAUUAAGGCCUAAAGGCAACAUAUGCAUCAUUACUUAAUUUAAGGCCCAUCUUGUAGUGAGGCCCUGAGAUAUUACAUAGCCAACCGUAAUGAUUUCAGUAUACUACAUGGAGCAUUUCAAGUGACUGCGAGCUAAUUACAGUAGUAACUAAUACAAACACCAUGUGCAAGAGACUGGGAGAAAUGUGAAGGCCGGGAGGGGCCACGUCUUAUUGUUGCCCUGGGGGCCUUGAUUGGGUUAUUCCAGUCUUGGUUGCUUAUUUAUGUAAUGUAGUCAGUCUGAGGAGGGAAUGUGAUACCAAUACCAAUGGUGCUGGUGAUACAAAGAACCUGAAGCUCGCAGACGUUUUUGUGUUGAGCUUGUGAGUUAGACAGAGAUCCAAAUGUUCAAGUAUCUUCUUAUGUUGUUGCAGCAAAGCAGUUGACUUCACAAGCGUUGUGUCAAGAGUUUGAAAGACUUUGACCAUGAUGAUCAGCUUUUCCGCCGUUAAGAGGGCAUUUGCAUUAGUUUCACGUUAGUGUCUUUUGAGUUUUUGAGAAUCAGUUCACCGCGACGGUCAUCCCGGAGAGUCCAUACAUGCAAAUGGGACACGAUGUGUCAAGAUGAUCUCCACCACAGCUUUUUUUUUUUUUUUAAGUGAAGCGCUUCUAUUUCAAAGCUGCAUGCUAAGAUGAUUGUUGGUAAGAGUUUUGCGUUCUUCAUUACUGUUGUAGUUGUGUGUAUGUGUGUUCCAGGACAGAAUAUGCACUCUAUGUUACAAGGUGAUUUAUUUAUCUUGUUCCACUGCAUGGUGUAUAAGGGUCAUUUUACACAGUGGUGGUUGGAUUUUUGUAAAUCAGCAACAUCAAUGAAACAUCUAAGAAUGUAGCAAUACAAUAAGAAUGGGAUUUUCUAUGCUUAAGGAAAUUUAAAGAUUUCUUCAAGAUUUGCAAAGCAAAGAUGUAAAGUUGUGUAUUGGAAGGGUUCAGUUCAUCUGUUCAUUUCAGUUCUGGCUGUGAUUUCAACAGCUCGAUGGAGACGUACAGUAGCCUGUAAGUCCCACAGUCAGAAACAGCUGAGUACCAAUCCCAACCUUAACCCCAGGGAACAGGAAGUGACUGGCCAGACAGGAUCAGGAGGUGACAGCGCUUGAGGGUGUGGGAUCAGCAUCAAGUUGUAGACUAAGCUUUGAGAUACACUUUCUUCCCGUCUCUCCCUCUCUCUUUCUCUCCAUCUCCUCCCUCCUCCCCUGCUGAAUUAGCAAGAUUAUUAUUUUUGUAGAGAAAUAUUAAUAAUGAUAAUAAAAAAAAAGUUUUAUUACUGUACAGCUUUUGUAUAAGAACAGACAGUAAGGUGUUACAGUGUUUUUGUUUGACCUCAACUGUGCUGUGUGUAAUUGUUUUAUGCAUUUAUAAUCAUAUUUAUUAAAUGGAAAGAAGUCUGUUAACUGUGUUCCCAUUUUCUUACAAUAUUUGUAAAGAAAUACUAUGUAUUUGCUGAAGUAAUAUUCAACCUAUAAAGAAAA